AUGUUGGUGAAUGCGGUGCCAUUUGGCCAGCAGUUCUCCCAAUUCAUUAGCAAUGAUGAGCCCACUGGAAAAGUGUGGGUCGUUUUAUGCGCCGCCGCUAAUGGAUGGUACAAUUUUGGAAUUCAGGCCGAUGUCUACCACUCGUACCAAUUGGUGAAAGAACACGGUAUACCUGAUGAGCAAAUCAUAGUGUUCCACUACGACGAUCUGGCUACUCAUAAAAGCAAUCCGACCCCGGGCAAAAUCAUCAAUGAGCCCAAUGGUACUAAUGUUUACGAAGGAGUGCCCAAACACUAUACUGGAAAAGAUGUUACACCCGAGAACUUUUUGGGUGCAUUGAAAGGCAGCAAUGAAUUGGCUAACGCAGGCAAAAAGGUGGUCAAAAGUGGACCCAACGAUCGCAUAUUUGUCUACUUAAUGGAUCAUGGAGCACCAGGUCUGGUGGCUUUUCCAAAUAGUGUGCUACAUGCCACAGAUUUAAACAAGGCCCUAGUUGAGAUGCAUCAAAAUAAAAAGUAUUCCCAGUUGGUAUUUUAUUUAGAAGCAUGCGAAUCAGGCUCAAUGUUUUAUAAACUACUGCCGGACAAUAUUAAUGCAUAUGCCGUUACUGCUACUAAACCUGAUCAGGAUGGUUAUUUCUAUUACGAUGAUGAUACCUAUGACACAUGUCUAGGCACAUAUUUCGCCGCCAUGUGGUUCGAUGAUUGGCGCCAUAAUGAUCCGAAGGUUGAGACAUUUGACCAAGAGUUCGCAUAUUUCACCAAGCACAGAUCCAAAAAGUUACCUCAAAGUACAUCAAAUUCAGUGCUAAUGAAUAAAAACAUCAAAUACAUAAAGAGUAGGGAAGCGGCCGUUCAUUUAUUGCAACAGAAAAUUAAUCGUUCCAAUGGUGUGAGCGAGAAAUUACGAUACACUGAAGAAUUGGAGACUCUAUUGAAUGGCAGACAAUCUGUUGACAAACAUAUGACUGAAUACGUGAAUAGUAUUCAACACUUACUGACAGUCGAUAGCAAUGCUAUUCUAAACACUAAACAAGAGCUCAAUAAUAGACAGUGUUAUCGAAAACUUGUCGACACAUAUGCCGAACAAUGUCUUGAUUUGGGCCAGGCGGACGUAUACCACGCCUAUCAAGUGGUGCGGGCGAACGGUAUACCCGACGAAAACAUAAUACUCAUGUAUUACGACGACAUCGCAUACCAUAAGCGAAACCCCACUCCAGGUGUAGUCGUGAACAGACCCGACGGCUCCGACGUAUAUAAAGGUGUGCCCAAAGACCGAGCCGUAACCGGCGAUGACAUUACACCCGAGAGAUUUUUAGCAGUGCUUAAGGGAGAUAAAGAAAUGGCAGGAAAUGAUUCUCUAGUGUUCGAUAGCGGGCCCGAUGAUCACGUAUUUGUUUAUUUAAUUGACCAUGGUGCACCUGGCUCAAUGUUUGACAAACUGCUACCCAAUGACAUUAACGUAUACGUGACUACGGCAUCGGCACCCGAUGAGGAAAGCAACUUUUGUUGCUACGAUAAAUUUCGGCAUGCUGAUACUGCUAGAUUUGAUAACAACUGCGAGGGUGUUAAUAAACGCAAUGUUGCUAUUGAUUUACUCGAGAAACAAAUUGAUAAUUCUGUGGACAACAACGAGAAAUUAGGGUAUAACUGA